ACAAUGCUCUGCGGUCUGAUGCAGCUUCCCAUGGAAAGGCAGCGGCAUCACUCAGAAACGGGCACCCUGCUGAGUCAUGGAAAUCCUCGAAGCAUCAGAGUCUGCAGGGAAGAUCAGAGAAGAUCAAGACGAGUGGAUACCUAAACCUGCUGGCCAACUGCAUCGACAACUUCACCCACGGACUGGCAGUAGCGGGAAGUUUUAUGGUUAGCAAAAAGGUUGGAUACCUUACCACCUUUGCCAUCCUGCUCCAUGAAAUCCCCCAUGAGGUGGGGGACUUUGCCAUCCUGCUGAGGGCCGGGUUCGACCGGUGGAGUGCGGCAUGCAUGCAGCUGUCCACGGCGCUGGUUGGUGUUUUGGGAGCUUGCUUCGCUCUGUGUGCUCAGUCGCCAAAAGGCACAGAAAAUGCCACUGCCUGGAUACUGCCUUUCACCUCGGGAGGCUUCCUCUACAUAGCUAUGGUGAAUGUGGUGCCUGAUCUGCUGGAGGAGUCCAGUUUAUGGCAGUCCCUCCUGCAUGUCCUGCUCAUCUUCUGUGGCAUGGCUGUCAUGGCUGUGCUCUCUGCCAUCGUUGACUGAACGCUGAGGAAAUCACCCUCUCGCCUUAACCAAACACUAAAGCUCUCAACCAACCCCUCAUAUCUGGUACCUCUCAUUCCUGGAAACGUAACAUCAUGUUACACUACAAAGAAAAACAUCUGAUAGAAGAACGGCACUUUUUGCACGGACGACCCAAAGGAAAGCUUUUUUGAUCUGCUGACAGGACACUUUAUUUGGACACUAGUCAAAUGUGCCAAUCUUAAACAUCCAGGAAGUCAAGUGAAGUUUGUAUGAAUAUUUUCUACCAAAUUGUCUUCUAUUGGUGAUCAGACAAUCAUGUUGUUUUGCACGUACAUUUACACAGGUACAGCUGAUGUGCCGGUAUAACAGAACAGGUAUUAUUAGACAGCUACAAGGACAACCUCCUUUAAAAGAUAUUCAAACCUAAAUUGUUUAAACUUUGUAUGUAUUGUUACUGUUACUUUUAAUGUAUCUGCUAAAUAUUUAUUGAAAAUAAGACAAGCUAAAUAUAGUUUAUUCAGACGUGCACCCCCACAUUACAUAUUUUUGUAUUAAGAAAUAAGUCAGGGUGGCCUGUUACAAUAAUGUCAACUCUACACCAAACUAGUUUUUUGUCUAUUUUGUAUUUUUCUCACUCGAGUGGUCUGCACAUUUCUGAUCUUUUACUGAGUGAAUAAUUGUGAUAAAGUUAAAAUAAAGGAAAUAAAAUGAUA